GCUUCAGUCCUGUCUGUGGAAGGCUGACUGCAACCAUUAUUCCCUGGAGAGGAGCUUGAAUAAGCCCCUGAAUCUGAGAGACACCGUGAGGCCUGGAGAGUCAGUCAUGUCUACACCAGAGGAUAAUGAUGAUGAACCACACCAUGGAAGAAGAGACCUGGAGAAGAAGUUGAGAGAAUUGGGACUGGAUCCUCAGUACUGGGUGCCUAAGCUGCAGGAAUGCCUGGGUGUGACCUCUGCCCAGGCUUUACAACACUUACAACAGAGGGAAAUCCUGACACUGAAAUCCCAGGCCAAACAUCCAUGGGAGAAACAGGCAUUGGAGAAACUUGUUCAGCUGUCAAGCAACCAGGGCUCAGAGGAGAUGCAAGAGAAACACUGGGUGACAGUGAAGGAGAGACAAGAGUGGGCACAGUCAGCCUUAAAGGACCUUAAGGAGAUGCAGGAAGCAGGCAAAAGCCGCCAGGAAGAGCUUGUGAGGAAGAAAGAAGAGGAGCUGAGGCAGGCCAUGGAGAUCCCACCCAAGUACUGGCCCCUUCCUGAGAAACCCCUAAUGGAGGUCAUAGAAAGCAUGAAGAGGCACCUCAGUCUCAUGGAAUGCACACUCUCCCACAGGGAGAAUCUUCCUGACAGGGAGCUCCUCAAACAGGUGUCAGGUGGCCUAGCCCUGCAGGGGAUUUACCAAACCAACCACCCUGAGGAUCUUUUGGAGAAGAGAGAAGAACUGAUCAGCCUCCCAGAGAACUUCUCUCUGCUUAGCCCAGAACAGGGAACAAGGAUGGAAACAAAGGAGUUUUUGUCUUCUCAUGAAGAGUCCAUGUUUACCCAAAGCAUGGAGAAAUUGGGCUUCAGUGUUAGCUUCUUGGCUAAAGGUGGAGGUUGGGGAUUUACCCUGGAGGGCAGCACCAGUGCCACCAGAUCUUCUGAGUCUAGAGAGGCCCAUAAGUCAAGCUCUGAGCACACUUACAGCUGUACCACCAAAUUCAGCUAUAUCCCAUUAGCCUCCUGCCACUUUGCAAGAGAUCAGCUCCACCUUUCCAAGUCAGCUCUGCAAGAGUUAAAGCAGCUGGAGGAGCUUCUGAGCCUCUCCAGUGGUUCAGAAUCCCUUCAAGUACUGAGGCAGAGAUGUGAGGCAUUUUUCCAAAGGUUUGGCUCUCAUGUGAACCAGGGCCCUUUGCACUUGGGAGGGGUAUUCUGGUGGAAAGCUGUAGCUGAAGGCUUCAGGUCAGAGGAGCUGCAUGAUGUGAAGAGACAAGCUUCAGAGGCACUAGAUGUGUACAUUGGAGGCAGCUACAGUGGUUUUGGAGUGACAGCUGCAGCCUCAGUAAAUGCAUCAAACUCUCAGUCCCAAAUGGCUUCUCACAAUACAAGGUCCACUAAUUUGCAAGGAAGAUUCCAAAUGUCUGUAUACCAAACAGGAGGCCCCCCAGAGGUGGAUUCUCUCCCACAGUGGAAAGCUGGUCUUGUGGCCAGUAACCAGACCUGGUGUGUCAUUGACAGAGGCCAUCACCUAGUGCCUGUUUGGGACAUAAUUCUGUCUAACCAUAGACAAGAUUUUCAGGAUCCUCUUCGAGUGAGUCGCUACCUCAAAGACACUUACACAACCCUGACUGGCCGAUGUGCAAGGAUCCAGGAUGGAGAGGAGUUAGUGAGUGCAGUGGAGAAUGCCAAGGCUUUUGUAGAAGAAGUGAAAUCCUGGGAAAUCACUGAUCCUCAGGAGAAGCUGAUGAAAAUGAUGGAUUUCAUGCAAAAACUGAGUGAGAAAACUAGGAAUAAUAAUACCUGGAUUAAUAUCUGUCUCAAAGACCUGGCUCUGCAGCAGUUCUUGGUGGGAAUUGUCAACCUUUGCAAGGACUUCCCAGUUCAUGAAAGUAAAUUCAUUAAAUCUCAGUUACAUAGCCUUCUGUAUCCUCAUGUGUAUCAAGUGAGAGACUUCCCACAGAGUCACUCAAUUAUGCAGUGGGUUUUCCACUCAGCAAAGCAGCAAGAAGAUAUCCCUGUCACAGAGUUUACUGAUUUCAUUCAGCUCUUAGAAAAGGCAAAGAAUGACCUUCUUGAAGUAAAUCACAACUCAGAGUUCUCAGGAGAGGUGGAAGAAACUCAAAGAAAUGUGACUUAUAAGAUCAGUUCCUCUCUCAGCUCCUUUCUGAAGGCCUUGAAACAGGCAGAGGAGUCAGGCACACACUUACUGCUACUUUCCUUUGCAGCUGCUGCAGGGUACAAGGAGGAAACCCAAACCUUCCACUGUCUCCUAGGAUGUGAAGAAUUAAAUUUCUUGUUAUGUGAAAUGAAAGAAGCUCAUGAAACAUACCAGAAACUUAAUAAGGACUGUGGCUAUAGGGCUCAAGGGUUCCUACUGUUCACAGGGCUGACAGUAAGUCCUGGACCUAGUGCUGUGUCUGCAGAAGAAAAGAAGCAACGUUUGGAGCUUAUGCAAUCUCACAUGGGGCACUUGUGGUGCAAAGAAGUGCUUCAUGUCCUUGGGAAACCCAGGGUGCAGCAUGAUUGGGAAACUCUGGAGAAAGACCUCAAUUUCCUCAUCAGGGGAGAAUAUGAAGCUACAGUGACCUGUAUACAGCUGGAACAGGUGAAAAAAGAGCUGGAAAGUGUCUCUCAGAGAAAGAAAAAGACACAUCAACCAGAACCAAGUCCCACCAAACAGCAUGAAGUGAUAGAAAAUUCCAACUUUCUAGACUUAGCCAAGAGGCUUGGUCUGGAAUGUUACUAUCCCAGGAAGAUGGGCCGAGCAGAUUUCCAUAUGAUUUACAAGGCCUCUGUGCAUGACACUCAGCCAGACACAGACAAGCAAUUGCCCUUUUAUUUCCUACAGAAGCUGCUGAUGCUGGAUUACAGACUGAGAUACUUGGUUUGUAAAGAUGAUGGAGACUCAGUGGCCACUGGGACAAAUCUGACAAAUCUUGAGGAUGAGAUUUCAGAUCCUUAUUCUUUGUUUGAAUGUGAUGAUAUACCCUCUCUCUUCUUGUCCACAGGAAAGGCCCACAUCCACCCAAUGGACACCCAGAUGAUGAUUUUUCACUGUGCAGAUGAUUUCAUGAGACAGUACAUUUCCAACAAACUUUCCAUUUGUCAAUUUGCUCUCCCCCUUGUGGUGCCCAAUCCCUGUACUUCUGUAAUAGAAUUCCCCCUCUGGUCUCUCAGCCAUGUCAAGAGAAGCUGGAGACAGGUGAAGAAAUCAGAGGGAGAAGACACAGUCCUUAAUUUCAAUAACCAGCUCAUCUCCCAGGCAUCCAUCCCCAUUGUGUCCUUUAUAAGAGUUGUGAAUUCUGCUGCUUCUUCCAAAUCUCAGAUCUUAAACUCUCUGCUGAGUAAGCACAAACAUGAUGCUUUUUUCCACCGUCACUGCAGAGGCAGCAGCAAAUCCUGCCUCCUAAUGGGAGGUGUAGUAGAAAUCUCCUGGUUCUGUCCAGGGGGGAGAGAUGAAGACAGAUUUGAAAGCUGUGUUGCCUUCACUAAUCUCCAUGGAGAUGCCAAAGAUUAUGAGCCACAGCUCAGAUUUCUGCUGGAAAUUGCUGCAGUCACAGUGGUCCUAGUGUCUACUUCUGAUAAAAGUGAGAGGACCACCAAAAUAGUUCGGGACCUGUGGAAAUCACCAAAACCUUUGGUCUGUUUAUUUGAUGACAAAGAAAAGACUGUGGGCAAUGAUUCUGGCCAGAAAGUGAUGAUUGGGAUCAGGAAUAGAAAUGAGGCUGAAUUAAUGGAUGAACUUGCAAGUGUCAUCAAUAGCUUGCUGAAGUCUUCAGGUCCCUUUCGUAGUCUAGAGGACUGUGCUGAAGUUGCUCGCCAGCAUGGCUUUCUUGUAGAUGUAGACAGGAAGGAGUGUCAGGAGGCCAAGGGAAAAGCACAGGCUUUGGUGGCCCUCAUGAAAGAAAUGAAAUUGUCUGAAAUGAAGGAGAAAUUACUGCCCCUUCAAGGAGAGCUUUGGCACCAGUGGUGUAAGAAGGAUAAGGAGCUUUGUCACUUGAGAGAAAAGGGCAACCGAAGCCUUGAACAGCACAAAAGUGAGAUUGAGACAGAAAAACAAAUAAUAAGACAAAAACAACUUAAGAUGGCAUUUCCCCUCAAUGACUUGAUGAGAUCUGUGCUUCAAAUCCUCCUGUCUCACUCAGAGAAAGACAAGAGCAGUGAUCUGUACUUCCUGCAGUGGUUGAGUAAGUUUAUGGACAACCUGACCAGAGGUCACCUGGAGAAACUCCAGAAGAAGUACAGCCAAUUGUGGUCCCUGGUGCUGGCAGAAAACCAAAAGGGAUCAAAGAGUGACUCUUUGCAAUCCCACCAAAUGGAACUAGAAGCUGUCUCCAAGGAGAUCAAAGAUUCCUCCUUGGGUAUUGAACACCUCCUGAGAGAGGUUGGCCAAAUCUAUGAAGCACUGGAAGAAUCUUCCUCCCAAGGGGACCCUGUGUUCUUCUCCCUUCCUCAAAUUGCUGCUGACCUGAUGCUUUCUGGGUACCCUCUUGAGCUGAUGGAUGGGGAUGCUUCCUAUGUACCUCUGAAGUGGGUAGCAGCUGUUUUUGACAGAUUAAUUGAGAAAAUUGGAGACAAGAAGCUCUUUGUUCUCUCUGUCCUUGGCCUCCAAAGCACAGGGAAGUCCACUCUGCUGAAUGCUAUGUUUGGCCUCCAGUUUAAUGUGAGUGCAGGGAGAUGCACAAGAGGAGCUUACAUGCAGUUGCUGAAGGUGGAGGAGACCCUGAGGGAAGAGCUGGGUUUUGGCUUUGUCCUUGUGGUUGACACAGAAGGGCUCCGGGCCCCAGAACUCAGCAGUAAAUCACAGAAUAGGGACAAUGAGCUGGCAACCUUUGUUAUUGGACUUGCAAACCUGACCUUGAUCAACAUAUUUGGAGAGAAUCCUUCAGAAAUGCAAGACAUCUUGCAAAUUGCUGUCCAGGCCUUUCUGAGAAUGAAACAAGUGAACAUUUCCCCAAGCUGUCUCUUUGUGCAUCAGAAUGUAGGGGAAAUCACUGCCAAAGAUCAAAAUGUGGAAGGAAGAAGGCGACUGCAGCAGAGACUGGAUGAAAUGGCAGCCAUGGCUGCAGAACAGGAACAAUGCUCAGAUAUCACCUGCUUCAGUGAUGUCAUUCGUUUUGAUGUAAACACCCAUGUCCAUUACUUUGCUCAUCUAUGGGAAGGGGAUCCUCCAAUGGCCCCACCCAAUCCCAGUUAUAGCCACAACAUCCAGGAACUAAAAAGAGGAAUUCUCUUGGCUGCCAAAAAAGAAUCCAAGGGCAGGAUCCUGAAGAUGUCUGAGGUGAAAAUCCUCAUCCACGAUUUGUGGAAAGCCUUAGUGAAUGAAAAUUUCAUCUUCAGCUUUAGGAAUACCAGGGAGAUCGUGGCCAUGAUGAAGCUUGAGGCAAUGUAUAACAACUGGACCUGGAAUUUAAGAAGUCAUGUGUUGGGUUUGCAGAACCAACUGACCAAUCAGAUUCAGAAUGGAGAAAUUCAGGAUCUCUCGAGAAGUUCUAUUGAGGAUAACAUUGCAGAAAAAUAUGAAGCCAUCAUGCAAGAACUUGAAAGGUACUUUGAUGAAGAUGAAGAAAAUGAAAUCCUGAUCCAGUGGAAGGGAAACUUUGAGAACAAACUGAGAAACCUUAAGGAGGCACUUGUUUCAGAAAGUAUUAGAAAGUCCAAUGAUUUCCUUAGUUCAAGGAAAAGUCAAGACAAACUAGAUCAAAAGAAAUCAGAAUAUGAAAAAGAACUGUUGUUAAGAAGCAGAGGUAUGGCCCUGUCUUUAAUGGGUAAAGAAUUAAGUGAGGAGCAGCUGAGAGAGAGAUUCAGUCUACUUUGGAGUGAGUGGGUCUAUGAAGUGUCCUCAAAUUCCCCUCGUUUGAAAGACCCCAAUAUUGAUAUAGAUUUGGAAAAUGUCUUUCUGGACCAUUUUAAACAGAAGCACAAUGUGGUAAGCAAACUACGAGAGUAUUCCCAAAGGAAAAAAUUUUUCAUUGAUUAUGAUAAACAUAUUUUAAUGAAGAAGAAAUAUAAAGUUUACAGGCCCUCCAUAGAUGACAGCGAUAAGAUGACCAUAAAGCAAACUACUGAAGACAUUAUGUCAUUGGUCACUGAAACCAUUGAAACCUAUUCAAGAAUGGGAAGGGAUUAUCAUAUAAGCUACUUCCAUGAAAUACUGAGAUUGAUAGACAAGAACACUGAUUCUGCAUCUGAAGAGGCAAGGUACACAUUUACACAUGAAUAUAAAAUAGAUUUGUCCUUAUGUUUGUGCUAUAGAGCAGCAGUUAACUUUAGGGAUAUGCACACAGCAUUCAAGAAAGCACAGGAUCCUGUCACAUAUCUGGAAAACAAGAGAGAGGAUUUCUUUAUAUGUUUUAAGAUUUCCUGUCAAGGGGCAACCUCCAUCACAGCAUUUGCUGAUUUCCUAUGGAGCAAGCUCAGUGCUUCCCUACCUACAGCCAUCUGGAAAAAGAUAGCCCUAGACCUAGCUGGGGAGAUCAGGGCUAACUGUCCCCCCUUCAGUGGAAACAGAUCCAACCUGGAGAAACACAUUCUCAUCUCUCUGGCUGAGGAAGAAAAUUUUGAGAAUUAUUGUGACUACAUUUACAAGCCAAAAGCUUUUUUAAAGAAUUACAUUGAGAAAAAGAUCCAAGCAUACUGUUUAAGUAGAGAAAAUGAGAAAUUGAAGAAUUUUUUAAGUAAUAGUUUGGAAUUUUUUAAGAAAGUCAUCCUCUCUGCUAUUCAUGAGUCAACUCUGAUGGCUAAGGACCAAAACAAUUCUGCAUCUGUGUGGCUAGACAAAUUGUGUAAUCAGCUUGGGCGUCAUUUGACCCUUCCAAGAGGAGACUUAAGAAGCAUUGAACACCAGGAGAUAACUGACAUUGAAUUCCUCAAGGAAGCCAUGAAUGAACACCUGGAUACCAGGAUGCAAAAGGUAGGACAGGCCUGUGAAGUGGAAUUCAUGGAGAAAGUUGUACCUGAGAUUCAGGCCAUGCUCUCUGAUCAGCUCAGUGGCUGUUGGAAGCAAUGUCCCUUUUGCAAGGCAAUCUGUACAAACACAAUCCCAGAUCAUGAUGGGGAGCACAGUGUCCCUUUCCAUCGUUCUCAGGCUGUCAAUUCCUACAGAUGGGAAAACACAGAUGAGUUUUCCCUUGAUUUCUGUACUAGUAAUGUAGCAAGUGAAAUUCUCUUUAUUCUUCCAGAUGGCAGGAGAUUCCCAUAUAAGACUUAUCGUCAGGCAGGUGGCGAAUAUGCCACAUGGAACAUCACUCCAGACACAUCAGCCCAGCCAUACUGGAAAUGGUUUGUUUGGUUUUUCAAGUCACAAUUAGAACAAAAACAUAAUCUCAAGUUCAAGGGCAGAGGUCAGAUUCCUGAUGCAUGGUACAGAGUGACCAAGCAAGAUGUGCUGAAUGACCUGAAUAAACAAUAAUUCUCAGUAAUACCUGAUUCUAUUGUAUUUUAAUUAGAUACACAUUUACUAUAAUUUUAAAGAUAGCAAUUUAAUAGAAGCAACAUUGCCUUAACCCAGAUUAUGUUAUAAAAUAGUCCUCCUCAAAACUUUUUGUCACUGAGUUAAAAAAAGAAAGAUUAGUGAAACAGACUAGAUAACUGAGUCAGAAACAGUUGACCUAGAUAAGCUAGUCUUCAAAAUACCAAGAAAAUGAUUUAUUUGUGGAAGAACCCUAGUGUGCAGGAAUUAUGGUGAGGAAAUCAAAUACUGAUUUUGUGUUUUAUAUUUGAUUCUAUUCUGCAAAUUCAUUCUGUAUUUUAUAUAACAACUGUCAUGAUGAAUAUAUAAACGACCUGGAUUUGAUAGAGCUGCCUUAUUAUCCAAAAGAAUUUUGUGAAAAUUUGGAUUAAUAAGGUCAAAAUGCCCUCCAACUGAGCAUGUCAGGCAAACCUCAAAAUCAUUUGGGUACUACAUAUCAUUUGUGUCUCCAAAUGUCUGGGAAGUUUGUAUCUAGCAAAUAAGUCCCUAUGUACUGAUUUCUUUCCUCAGAAUAAUAAGUAGAAUUUAUUGCUCUCUAAGGAAUACCUCUGUCUGUUGGAGCCAUCCUUGUAAACACAUCUGAGCAUUUUUGUCCUUGAUUACCCCUUUUGAAUCACAUAAUAUUAACUUAGCAUUUACUUAAUAUGGGUCUGAGGUAACUCUCCUUGAGAAGCUAAACUAAAGGACAGACACACCUAAGAAGCAAGGGGGAUAAGCCUAUUAAGCAUGGCUAGUGCUUGAGUGGCUGUCAGGGGACAAAGAUAACUCUAGAAGUCAGAACCACCACCCCUCAUUUAAAUCUUUCCCAUCCCACCCCUUAUUCAAGCUUUCCCCAACCCCAAAGGGAACUUUCCAUUGUCAGGGGGUUGGUCACCCCAUCCACCCUCUAUGAAAGCUUUGGCUUCCCCUCCAUUGGGGGGAGGAGAAAAGAUGUCUCCAUGCCAUUUCCUCCCCAAGCUGGAAGUCUUCCUUCUUAGUCACUUUCUCUAAGCACCCAAAUAAAAGACCAUUUUUAUUCUAAUUGGAUUGUGUGUGGGAGUUGUAAUUCUUUACAGAGGAAUACUUAAGGACCCCCCACCUGUGUUUUUCACCCCUAACAAAACUGAAUCGCCUUUCAUACAUUCUUGUUAUAGUGUCUGCUUCUAAGUUGAAUUGUUAAACUGAUUUGUAUUUCACACAUUCUUGUUAUAAGGUUUACUUUUAAGUUGAUUUGUAUCAUACUAAUGAAACUGCUAGCACCCUGUACUGAUAAGAUCUGUAACCAGUGAACAGAGCAACUUUAUAUAUCUUCAGAAAGAGGGAAUCUUUGAGCUCAUUUUUGGAAUGAGUCUCCUAUGUACUUGCUGUUUGUUUUUGGGACAAAUAAAAUGCCACUAUGUUUUUCCUGUA